UUUAUUACCUCCUUUCUUUUUUUGGCCCCUUGUUUUGGCAUUUAUGAUGAUCAAGAUGAGAUUUCGUUUUCUGGGUUUUCUCCACCUCUCCAACGGGUUCUUAAAUUUUGGGCCUUUUGAAUGCCCACUGAAGAUCUGGGGGUGUAGCCGCUUUCUUCGAUCUGAUGCGUUGUUGUUUUUAGCGUGGUCUAUGCGCCAUGUGAUGGCAAUUGGUUUGAUCGCUUAGUUUUAUGGUUGUUGGCAGAAUGGUGUUCAUGUCACAGAAUCCCUUUUGCGAGUUUCUUCUCUUGAUGAUUUUGUUCUUUGAAUUGUUCUGCAUUCGGUUUGGUGGUAUUAUUCCAUGUAUGGACAUGUUGAGAAACUAGCAGAAGAAAUAAAGAAAGGAGCUUCUUCUGUGGAAGGUGUUGAAGCAAAAUUAUGGCAGGUACCUGAGACACUGCCCAAGGAGGUGCUUGGUAAGAUGAGUGCACCACCCAAGAGCGAUGUACCAAUCAUUACCCCAAAUGAUCUCUCUGAGGCUGACGGCUUCGUGUUCGGAUUUCCAACAAGAUUUGGAAUGAUGGCUGCUCAGUUUAAAGCCUUUCUAGAUGCCACAGGAGGUUUAUGGAGAACUCAACAGCUUGCAGGAAAACCUGCUGGAAUCUUCUACAGCACCGGUUCUCAAGGUGGUGGCCAAGAGACUACCGCGCUGACUGCUAUCACUCAGCUGGUUCAUCAUGGAAUGAUAUUUGUUCCAAUCGGUUACACGUUCGGUGCAGGCAUGUUUGAGAUGGAGAAAGUGAAAGGUGGAAGUCCAUAUGGUGCCGGAACUUACGCCGGUGACGGCUCAAGACAGCCUAGUGAGCUUGAGUUGGAGCAAGCAUUCCAUCAAGGGAAGUACAUUGCAGCCAUCACAAAGAAGCUCAAGCAAGCUGCUUGAUAAUGCCUUCAUAUAUAGACAUACUACUACUAUUGUUAAACCAUACCAAAGUAUUGCUUGGAAAUCAUCACCCAUUUUUUAGUCUUGAAAUAUAUUGAGCUUUAUUUUUCUGUGCUUGCAAGUAAUUUUUUGUUUCUUCUCAUUAUCGUAAAGGAAAUGCUUUGUAUGCGUGUUGCAGUGGAUGUUGGAAUUUGUUGAAUGAUGAAAGUUUGUCUGUCUCA